AGCAUCAAGAACGAGCCAUGGCCUCUAACUCUUCAACGCUCCUCCUCCUCCUCCUCCUCCUAAUCUCCUCCACCAUUUCUUUCGCCGCCAACGAAUGCAGCGCUCCCUCUCGCGGCGAAUGCUACGACAAACCCAAGGCCCUGAAGCUCAAACUGAUCGCGAUAGCUACGAUCCUAAUCUCGAGCAUGAUCGGCGUCUGCCUCCCGCUCUUCACCCGCUCGAUCCCCGCGCUGAGCCCAGACCGCAACCUCUUCGCCCUCGUCAAGGCGUUUGCAUCCGGCGUGAUUCUUGCUACGGGCUACAUGCACGUGUUGCCCGACUCAUUCGAUAACCUCAGCUCGCCAUGCCUGCCGGAGAGCCCUUGGAGAAAGUUUCCUUUUACGGCGUUCGUCGCGAUGCUGUCGGCGGUGUUUACGCUGAUGGUGGAUUCGCUGAUGCUGACUUUUUAUAAGGGGAAGAGUGGUAGUAAGGGGAGCGGGAUUGUUGAGGUUGUGGAUUGUGAGAGUCCGCUUGGGAAUGAGAUUGUGCACGGGCAUGGACACGGGCACGGGCACGGGGCGCUGAUGGUUGAUGGUAAGGAUGGUGAAGAGUCGAGGUUGCGUAGAAAUCGGAUCAUUGCGCAGGUCCUAGAAAUGGGAAUUGUUGUUCACUCUGUAGUAAUUGGCCUGUCAAUGGGGGCUUCUCAAAAUCCUUGCACAAUUAGACCUCUCGUUGCCGCCCUUUGCUUUCACCAGCUCUUCGAAGGAAUGGGCCUUGGCGGUUGCAUUCUCCAGGCAGAAUACGGGAUGAAGAUGAAAUCAAUACUAGUCUUCUUCUUCUCCACCACGACCCCCUUUGGGAUCGCCCUCGGGAUCGGGCUGUCCAACGUGUACAGCGACAACAGCCCGACAGCGCUCAUCGUGGUCGGGCUGCUGAACGCGUCGUCCGCGGGGCUACUGCACUACAUGGCGUUGGUGGAUCUCCUCGCCGCCGACUUCAUGGGGCCGAAGUUGCAAGGCAAUGUCAAGUUGCAGUUGUGGGCGUACGUCGCGGUGUUGUUGGGCGCUGGGGGCAUGUCCAUCAUGGCCAAAUGGGCUUAAUUAGAAGGGAGCUUUGGAUGUUUGUAUGCGUUUGUGAUGUGCAUAUUGUCACAAGGCUUUGGUGUAUGCUGCGUAUUUUCGUUGGUACGAAUGUGUAUUUUUCAGUUUGUUUAGGUUGUUGGUAAUUUAGAGUUCAUAAAUUUAUGUUGAGAGAGGCAGUGCAACCUUUAUCAUUGGAAAAACAGCU